AUUGUCCUUGUGCACAUUGUUUUGAAAAUGUUUGUCCUUAGUUUUAGCUCACGAAAAUACACAUAUUUAGAAACAUGACAUUUUAAUUAACUAAUAUGGCUGAGAAUUUUUCAGAAGAACAAAUUGCAGAAAUCCGAGAAAUAUUUAGUUUGUUUGACAAGGAUUGUGACGGCUGUAUAUCUACAAGUGAAUUGGGUCCUGUAUUACGGUCGGUAGGAUUAAACCCAACCGAUGAAGAAAUCUCUGAGCUAGUACAUCACUAUGAUAAAAACCAGGAUAUGAAAGUAGAAUUUGCUGAACUUUUGAUGGAAGUAGCUAAGAAACAAAAAGAAAACGCACCGGAAACAGAUGAUUAUCUUUUAGAAGCAUUUAGAACUUUUGAUAUAGAAAGAAGUGGUAAAAUAAGUAUAAGUACCUUGAAAGAAGCUAUGAUAAAUCAUGGGGAGAGACUAAGAGAGGAAGAGAUAAAUGAAAUGGUCGCAGUGGCUAGUGAUGCAAGGACAGAUGAUGAAAAUAUCAUCGAUUAUGAAAAGUUCGUAAAGAUCAUACUUGGGAAGUAGUGAAUAAAGACCUUAUUUAUCAAAAGGAGAAAGCAGAAAGAUAGAUUUGUCGCAGCGUUAUACAGACUUUUAAAAUUAAGUGUUACCAGUAGCCGGGCAUACAAAAACUGUAGUUAUUAGUAUAAAUUGUUUAAAACGAGACUGCCAUCUCAACAUUGAAAUCAUUUAUCAUACGUUUAUAUUUUAUUUAGAACUUGUACUUGAUUAAUCAGUUGUGGACUGAUUACUUUUCUUAUUAUUUUCCAAUCUUCAUUUCAGAAGUUACAAAAAUAAAGAUGAAGCUCGA